AAACGUACUGAAAAUGUAUAUGUUUCCCCGUGAAAAAUUGAACAUGGUAUGUCCAAUUGAACGGCGAGGUUCACGGAAGAGUCAUUUUACGCAGGCGUGGCGAGUGUACUUCCGUCUUCUUCCUCUCCAAGAACAGAGAAAUGACUGCGACUCUGCGCCCGUACCUGAACGCCGUGCGCUCCACUCUGCAGGCUGCCCUCUGUCUGGAGAACUUCUCCUCUCAGGUGGUGGAGCGCCACAACAAGCCUGAGGUGGAGGUCCGGAGCAGUAAGGAGCUGCUGCUCCAGCCGGUGGUCAUUAGCCGCAACGAGAAAGAAAAGGUUCUGAUCGAGGGCUCCAUCAACUCUGUCCGUGUCAGCAUCGCUGUCAAGCAGGCGGAUGAGAUUGAGAAGAUCCUGUGCCAUAAAUUCAUGCGCUUCAUGAUGAUGCGAGCUGAGAACUUCUUCAUCCUCAGAAGGAAACCUGUGGAGGGGUAUGACAUCAGCUUCCUCAUCACCAACUUCCACACGGAGCAAAUGUACAAGCACAAGCUGGUAGAUUUUGUUAUCCAUUUCAUGGAGGAAAUAGACAAGGAGAUCAGCGAGAUGAAGCUGUCCGUCAACGCCCGUGCCCGCAUUGUCGCAGAGGAGUUCCUCAAGAACUUCUGAGGCAGUAUCCCAUCAUCCUUCAUGCUGAUUACGUGACGUGGCCAUCACCUUGGUUUCCUGGAAGGUGGGAAUAGAAAUAAUGGGCAGGAAGGGAUGGCAGACAAGCUCACAUGUAAGCAGCCAAUCGCAAGGAGAACCACCGAAGCGAGACCAAUCCGAAAAGGGGGCGUGGCCUUCACUCAUUAAGUUUCCCUGCUCUUAUGAAUAUUGGUAUUUGUACAUAAGUAUUCUCAGCAUCCUUAAUUUCUGCCUUUAGAACAAAACUCAAAAUCAGGCGGGUCCUUAAAUCUUAAAAUUCAUGAGAGCAGCGAAACAUUGAAAAUUCCAGUAAUUUAAACGCUUUUUGUUUUUUUAUAUGUUAUAUACAAAGAUUAUGUCCUGUUUUUGUUAAGUUUUUGUUACGAGAAAUUUUAAAACCAACAAUGCAUACUUGUAUUUUGACACAAAGCAAAAGGCUCACCUUAUGAACAAUGAUGUAAACAAUCAUAAUGAUGAUUAUGGCAAUUAAAACCCAAUACAGCUUGUUUAUA